CUUCUCUCUCACUUCCAAACCCAAAAACCCUCCUUAACCCCCCCACCACCCUCUCUCUCCUCUCUCUCUCUCUCUCUCUCUCUCUUUCUCUCUCUAAAAUGUUGCUCUAUCGCUCUCUCCUCGCCAAAUCCACCCACGCCCGGCCCUACUCCCGAGCCGCCUUCGCCUUGAUCCAACAGCAAGACGACAACCCUCCCCCUUCCCCCUCUCCCCACCCUCCGGCGCCGCCAUUGACGUACCUCGAGGGGCUCCCGAGGCCGGACCCGAAGUUCGCCGAGACGAUCCUGGCCGUCCCUCGGGCGUCCUCCGGCAAGAGCGUGGCGGCGAAGGAGCGCAAGGCCGGCCGUGUCCCCAGCAUCGUGUUCGAGCAGGAGGACUGCCAGAACGGCGGCAACAAGCGCCUCAUCUCCGUCCGUACGAACCAGAUCCGCAAGCUCGUCAACCAGCUUGGCCGCUCCUUCUUCCUCUCCCGCCUCUUCGACCUCGAGGUUCGCGCCGAUUUCGACUCCGAAUCCGAAACCGACAUCGUCGAGAAAGUCCGCGUGCUCCCCCGCCUGAUUCAUCUUAAUUCUGCGACAGACGCACCGCUUAAUGUUACUUUCAUAAGGGCACCGUCACAUGCUUUGUUGAAAGUUGAUGUUCCUCUAGUAUUCCGAGGAGAGGAUGUUUCUCCUGGACUGAGAAAAGGUGCUUAUUUAAAUACCAUCAGGAGGACUGCGAAGUUCCUUUGCCCUGCAGAUGUCAUCCCACCAUACAUUGAAGUGGACCUAAGUGAGUUGGAUGCGGGACAAAGGGUGGUCGUAGGAGAUCUCAAGGUCCAUCCAGCUCUAAUGCCUCUUCGGCCAAAAGACGAUCCUGUGUGUAAGAUUAUGGGGUCUAGAGCUUCUGACCAAAGGAAAUCUAAAUAACCACUUCUUCUUGGAUUUAGUUGCCCUAAUUAUUUGAAAUUCCAUCGCUGCCAUGAUUCAUUUCUCUUCUAACAUGCGUUGAGGCAGUUAAACAAGGGUACGACUGUUAUUGCACGCCGUUUGCCUUCUUUCUCUUGCAUAAUUGGCUGUGCUCGUGUCUAGUGGGUAAGGGAAUCCUAGAUACAUGGUGUGGUGAUGGGGGAAAUGCAAUGGAAGGAAAAAUGAUUUUUGGGGUCCGUCUUGACUCCUAAAUCUAGUGAAAUAAGCAGAAUUUUGUUAUAGGUAGGUCAUAAGAAUGUGAGGAGCAAUUAAGAAAAAGCUACAAAUGAAGACAUGAUUUUUAAAAUUUUGAUCCAUCGUCUAUUUUGCAAUUAUUUGUUGGCAAGUUCUUUGGAAAGAUCUCCCUCUUGUUUAUAACUCGUUUGAUAUUGUUAAGUUUUUUUAAAAAAAAAAUUCUUUUCUAUUGUUCUUUUUUGGAAAAAGAGCAAAUUUCUUGAAACCAACUAGGAGAAGAAGGGAGAAAAAUAGCAGAUCCUGCAUCCACCUUGUGCCAAAGUACUUCAUAUGUUGCAGCUAUCUGCGUUCGUAGAGUUAUGUUGUUACUGUUGUUCGUAACAUAUAGUUCAUUGUUACUUUUCAAAAGUCCCACGUGAAAUAAUUAUGAGAUAAUUUGUGGGUUUAUAAGCGCUUAGAUCCUCAACGGGUUGGUAUUUUAGCUAGUCCACCACGUCGCAGGUUUUGGAAGAUGUCUUCCUUGUUUUAUAUGGAUUGC